GUCUUCCUCCUUUCUCUUCAGCGCCACCCGCGACGACAAUGCCUCUUUCUUUGCGUCCCAAUACGCCGAAUUGUUUGCCACUUUGAAGCCAUUGUCUUCUUAUAUUCCGUGCCCGCAACUCCCCUCGCUGCUCCUAAUAGCUUCCACCCAUGUACCGACGCGACCCAAUCGUCUCGUCCUCCCCCAUGGGCUCACAAGCCCCCCGGCCCAGCAAUAGCUUUACAGACAGCGAUGAUGAACUCGCCGAUGACUUUCUCACGCAACCAACUUUGCCCUUGAACCCUAUCCGAUCUUCGCUCUUCCCUCCGCCGACGUUCGUCACUCAACCAACACAGGUGUUGCCCACCACCCCGAAGUCCAACAGAGUCGAUCGUGAAUCACAAAUCCAAGUCGCGCGGUCUUCUCCUGCAGUACACUCCCCAGUCAUAUCCCAGCGCCAACUUCCAUAUGCAAACCCAAUGGCCCCUCCUGGUACAUACCUUCGACGCCCUCCCCCGGCUCACCGCCCCAUCGCGAUCGACCUCACGUGUGACGAUCCUCCCGUGGAGGCGGAUCCUGAAGAAGAGGAUACUGUACGCUCUAAUAUCAAACCAUCACGCAUUGAAGAAACUCCACAGAAACGUCCGUUGAAUCUAUCUAGCUUUCAGUACAACCCUAAUCUAGUCCGCAAACGACCAGCCGAUAACAAUGCUGGCACUCUACCCCUCAGCAAGUGGCCGCGCUCAGUCCCUCGGCAGAUUGGACCGGCUCGGGCCUUGCCAGUAGAGCCUGACAUUGAUAUGGAACUUGACGAUAUCCCAGAUUUUGAUAUGAAGAGGAAGGUACAGCGUCUGAUGGCUGUUGUUCCAGGGAAGCCUGUUCGGGUUCUAUACGAAGCUCUCGUUGCAAAGAGGGGCAAUUGGGAUGAUGCAGCAGAGCUCGUUACCAGGGACCACAACGCUCUUCCAGUCCCGUCCUCGGAAGAUGAGUUACUAAGCUCGCCGAAAAGCCAGCAGCCAGUGAAAACUGCUAAGCGUGAAUUGAAUGCUCCUACGAAGAGUAUUCACGAGAAAUUCUCGACUAUCUGCCAGGCGCAACCCGGUCCUGCGCCUGAAAAUCUACCUAGGAGAAAGGGCCGGCUCGUUCGUGGUCGGCGAAAUCGGUCCCCAACACUAUCUGUCUCCCCACAGGUUCCACUGCGUCCCAUGCCCAGAAAGGUGGAAUUGGAAGACGAGGAUGAGGCAAUUGCAAUUAGCUCAGAUUCCGACGCUGAAGUCUCGGACGAUGCGGAGGUUGAAGAUGACUCUCUUCUCGACUUCUUCAAUACUUGCUCGGUCGAAGCAAUGGUAGAUUUAUCCAACCAGAAGGAAGACGAUGUCCGCUCUAUUCUUGCACGUCGACCGUUCACGUCUCUAACUGCUGUGGAGAAAAUAUAUGUGGAUUCCCAAUUGUCAUCUGGAAACGGAAAGAAGGCUAAGAAACCGAAGAUCCCUAUGGGCGAGAGGUUGGUUGAUUCUGCUACCAGCAUGUGGAGGGGCUACAUGGCGAUUGAUCAAUUGGUAAUCAAGUGUGAAGCCCGAGGAAAGACUAUUGCAGCUGCAAUGGCUAAGUGGGGUGUUGAUGUCUUCGGUGCUACGAUAGAAGGUGAAGUCGCACUCACUUCCCUCGACGACGGAAGCGAUACCUCCUCUAUUCGUGACUCUGGAAUCGGUACUCCACGAAGCAGCAGCGACACAGAAGCAGAUACGGUUCAGAAGGGCUCCCGGGGAAAGAGCACUCUGUUAAAGAAGCCGUCAAAUAUGAGCCCUGACCUCCAGCUUAAAGACUAUCAGCUAGUUGGUCUCAAUUGGCUUAAUCUGCUAUGGCAGAACGGAAUUUCCGGAAUUUUAGCGGAUGACAUGGGCCUUGGGAAGACUUGUCAAGUCAUCGCCUUUCUCUCACACCUCCGACAGCUCAACGUACAAGGACCUCACUUGAUUGUUGUGCCAGGUUCAACAUUAGAGAACUGGCUUCGAGAAUUCCAACGCUUCUCUAACAAGCUUGUCGUCGAGCCUUACUACGGAUUACAGGCAGCGCGCGAGGAGCAACAAUUGAAGAUUCUAGACAAUCGAUCUACAAUUGAUGUCAUAGUUACGACAUAUGAUCUCGCCUUUAAGAAGAUGGACAACGUAUUCCUACGCAAGUGCAGGCCUCACGCUUGCAUAUAUGAUGAAGGACAUGUCUUGCGUAAUUCGACCACUCAGAGAUAUCAAAGCUUGAUGCGGAUUCCAGCGAACUUCCGGCUGCUGUUGACUGGAACACCGCUACAGAACAAUCUCCGAGAACUGGCAUCGAUCCUGGCCUUCAUAAUGCCUGAUAUCUUUAAAGAUGUGGAGGAUGAUUUAACAAUUGUUUUUAAACACAAAGCUAAGACAACUGAUAGCGAUACCCAUGGAGCACUUCUGUCCACACAGCGGAUCAAGCGAGCACGCUCGAUGAUGACCCCUUUCAUUCUGCGUCGCAAGAAAGUUCAAGUCCUCAAACACUUGCCUCAGAAGACCUGUCGAAUUGAAUACUGCAACCUCACAGAAUCGCAGUCAAAACUCUACGCGGAACAGAUUGAGAGACAACGUCAGGUUCUGGUGGACCGUGCUGCAGGCAUUCAGACCAAAGAUCAUGCGAAUGUCAUGAUGAAACUUCGUCAGGCUGCCAUACACCCACUACUCUUCCGAAACCACUAUAGCGAUCAUGUCAUCCGGAAGAUGUCCAAGGCUUGCCUAAGGGAAGAAAAAUUCAAAGACAGCGAUCCUAAUAUCAUCUUUGAGGAGCUACAAUUGUAUCAGGAUUACCAAUGUCACUCGUUGGCCACGACGUACCCUCGCGCCUUAGGCAAGUUCAGACUCACUAACGACGAGUGGAUGGAUUCUGGAAAGAUCAAGAAGUUAGCUGAGUUACUGGUGGGGUUUAAAGAGAAUGGGGAUCGGACUCUCGUAUUUUCCCAGUUCACUUCAGUUAUGGACAUUCUCGAAUGGGUUCUGGACACCCUAGAAAUGGCAUACUUCCGUCUAGAUGGACAGACACCGAUCGCGCAACGGCAAGAUAUGCUCGAUCAAUUUUACGAAGAUGAAACGAUACCUGUCUUUAUGCUCAGUACUAAAUCUGGCGGGGCCGGUAUCAACUUAGCUUGUGCGAAUAAGGUUAUCAUCUUCGAUUCCUCAUUCAACCCACAGGACGACAUUCAGGCCGAAAAUCGUGCCCACCGAGUCGGACAGACACGGGAUGUGGAGGUCAUUAGGCUGGUAACAAAGGGGACGGUUGAAGAGCAAAUUCACGCCCUGGGCGUUUCAAAGCUGGAAUUAGACAAGAUGGUAGCUGGUGAGGAGUCUAUGACUGAUUUCAAGAAUCCUUCUGAGGUGAAGCUAUCUGCGGCUGAGGAGAAGGGACUUGAGGCUGUAGAAGAUAUGCUGUUGGAAGAGUUUCAGAAGAUGGGAAGCGGGGACAAGACGAAAGACGGUGAUCUAAAGAAGCAAUAUCUGGAUGGCUUGAAGAAGGCUGGUCUGGAUGUAGCGGCCUGAUUGCUCUUUUCACGACUUCUCGGUGUGAACUAGAUGUUUUCUGUCCCAGGGCAUCAAUUCGACUGCACUUUUAGAUGUUUUCCUAAGCUUUGUAAGGCGUUAGUAGGAGAGGUAUUGCAUCUGGUGAACCGCUUAGAACGGACAUUGGGUAUACCUUCAUUUUCGAUGCAUAGCGUUGGUGUUUUGCAGAACGAAGCACAGCACACUGUGAAUACUGGAUGGAGUUGGGUGCAUUGAUGGGCUUGGUAUUGUGUAUCUGUUAACUGUAUAUAGAUAGCAGCAUACCCUAUCUGUACAGGUGGGCCAUCCGGCCUUGCUUUGAGUG